UUUGGCUAACUGGGCUUGGGUAUCUAGACUUGGUUCCCCAAGCACACGGACUGUGUUCUGGCGACAAGGUGACCACUGCCCCUGGGCAGGGCAGGACUCCUCGAGCGUGGAGCGGCCGGUAGAGGGGCUCGCGGGGAGCUGCGGCUUCGCGGAGCGGAGGGAUCGACCCCGCCCAGUGCGCGGCGCUCACCUGGAGCCUCAGGUAUAACUGUUUAAAGGAACUUUCUUACCAACAAGUCUAUGAUAAAAAAAUACAAGUAACAGAGGAAAUCUUAACUGUUAUUUGUCAAGAAACAAGGAUUGAUGUCAGAAUGGCUCACCUAAAGCGACUAGUAAAGUUACAUAUCAAAAGACAUUGCCACAGAAUGUUCUGGAAGCUUGGUGCAGUAAUUUUUUUCUUUAUAAUAAUUUUGAUUUUAAUGCAAAGAGAAGUAAGUGAUCAAUAUUCCAAAGAGGAAUCAAGGAUGGAAAGAAACCUGAAAAACAAAAACAAGGUGUUUGAUUUAAUGCUAGAAGCUGUAAAUAAUAUUAAAGAUGCAAUGCCAAAAAUGCAAAUAGGAGCACCUGUCAGGCAAAACAUUGAUGCUCGCGAGAGACCCUGUCUUCAGGGAUAUUAUACAGUGGCAGAGCUGAAACCUGUUCUUGACCGCCCACCUCAGGAUUCUAAUGCACCUGGUGCUUCUGGCAAAGCCUUCAAGACAACCAAUUUAAGUAUUGAAGAGCAAAAGGAAAAAGAACACGGGGAGGCAAAACACUGUUUUAAUGCUUUUGCAAGUGACAGGAUUUCAUUACACCGAGACCUUGGACCCGACACCCGACCUCCUGAGAAGAAAGACAGGUUUUGUGGAAAAUGUCACAGAUGGAGGAGUUGUUUUCAUUUCUCUUUGUAUUGCUAUAGAAUGGAAAUGUUAAAAAAUGUGCCAAGAUUUUGGAGAUGUAUUGAACAAAAAUUUAAGCGGUGUCCUCCUUUGCCUACCACCAGUGUCAUAAUAGUUUUUCAUAAUGAAGCGUGGUCCACGCUGCUUAGAACUGUCCACAGUGUGCUCUAUUCUUCACCCGCAAUACUGCUGAAGGAAAUCAUUUUGGUGGAUGAUGCUAGUGUAGAUGAUUACUUACAUGAAAAACUAGAGGAAUAUAUCAAACAAUUUUCUAUAGUAAAAAUAGUCAGACAAAAAGAAAGGAAAGGUCUGAUCACUGCCCGGUUGCUAGGAGCAGCAGUAGCAACAGCCGAAACACUCACAUUUUUAGAUGCUCACUGUGAGUGUUUCUAUGGUUGGUUGGAGCCUUUGCUGGGCAGAAUAGCUGAGAACUACACUGCCGUCGUGAGUCCAGACAUUGUCUCCAUAGAUCUGAAUACAUUUGAAUUCAACAAACCUUCUCCUUAUGGUAGUAACCAUAACCGUGGAAAUUUUGACUGGAGCCUUUCAUUUGGCUGGGAAUCGCUUCCUGAUCAUGAGAAGCAAAGAAGGAAAGAUGAAACCUAUCCAAUUAAAACACCUACUUUUGCAGGAGGCCUUUUUUCCAUAUCAAAAGAAUAUUUUGAGUAUAUUGGAAGUUAUGAUGAAGAAAUGGAAAUCUGGGGAGGUGAAAAUAUAGAAAUGUCUUUCAGAGUAUGGCAAUGUGGUGGGCAGUUGGAGAUUAUGCCUUGCUCUGUUGUUGGACAUGUUUUUCGCAGCAAAAGUCCUCAUUCCUUUCCAAAAGGCACUCAAGUGAUUGCUCGCAACCAAGUUCGCCUUGCAGAGGUCUGGAUGGAUGAAUACAAGGAAAUAUUUUAUAGGAGAAAUACAGAGGCAGCCAAAAUUGUUAAGCAAAAAUCAUUUGGUGAUCUUUCAAAAAGAUUUGCAAUAAAAAACCGCCUGCAGUGUAAAAAUUUUACAUGGUAUUUGAACACUGUUUAUCCAGAAGUGUAUGUGCCAGACCUUAAUCCUGUUAUAUCUGGAUAUAUUAAAAGUGUUGGUCAGCCUCUAUGUCUGGAUGUUGGAGAAAAUAAUCAAGGAGGAAAACCAUUGAUUUUGUACACAUGUCAUGGACUUGGGGGAAACCAGUACUUUGAAUAUUCUGCUCAACAUGAAAUCCGACACAACAUCCAGAAGGAAUUAUGUCUUCAUGCUGCUCCAGAUCUGCUUCAGCUGAAAGCAUGUGCCUACAAAGGUCACAAGACUGUUGUCACUGGAGAACAGAUAUGGAAACUCCAGAAGGAUCAACUGCUAUAUAAUCCAUUCUUAAAAUUGUGCCUUUCAGCAAAUGGAGAACAUCCACGCUUAGUGUCAUGCAAUCCAUCAGAUCCACUCCAAAAAUGGAUUUUUAACCAAAAUGAUUAAGUGUUCCUUAAAGUUGAAGAGAUAUUCUUUCUCAAAAAACUGUGACUAGGCAUACACUGUAGUUUUUGGAAAUUAUGCAAAAGCAGCUAAUUGUAACUUAUUCCAAGUGCAUUUUUCUUAUUUAUAUCUUCAAAUGUCUAUGUAGCACAGCUACAGAAAUCCUGUAUCUGUUUUAAAGCACAAUAACUAGUAAUACCAAAGGCCAUUUUGAAAUGUCUAGGUGUAAAAGAGAUGUUUACAGAAUGAUGACAGUAAUUUUCCUAGUAAAGUGAUAUUUGCGUGUUUUGUACACUUGAGGAUAUGCAUAGUUACAUUCAUAUACUCACUAUGUAACUUCCCUUAGCUGUUUUGGGGAAGGAGAAAGAACUGAUACUGUAUUUUUUUAACAUAUAGCAAUGGAUCAAUGAAGGUCAAACAGUGGCCUUUGUGCAAAAACCAGGAAAUUUUUAUAGUUCUAGAAUUUGUUAUUUAUAACUGCAGGUAAAAUUAUUUUGGUUUUUGUUUUCUUGUCUGUCAAAUGUUUCCUUAAAUGGGAAGUUGAAUAAGAAGAGGAUAUUUUUUUAACACUUAAAUUCCUUGGCAAAUUUUUUAAUAUUUUUAAAUCUGAAGCCCACUCUACUUGAUGCACUAAAUAGCUUUUCUUAAGUAAAUAUAUUCUGUGCUUUUCCAAAGCAAUUAAAAAACUUUAUAAAUUAUUUUCUGUUGAUAAGGUAUCCUUUCCUUCCUACUAGUCUUUUCUUCUUACCAAAAUUUACUAAUCUUGAAUGUUUGUGACAUUGACUUUCAAAUGCAGAAUACUUGACUCACUUAACUAGUAAAAUUUGUUAUUGACUCAUUAUAAAUUGUCUUUGUAAUGAAUCUUUUCAUGAAAAACUUAUUUUUAUCUAUGUGAAAAAAUACAGUAAAAAUCCUAAUUACUAUUACAAUUACUUGUUUAAGUUUUCUUCCUCUUUUCGAUGAAAUCUGCACUUGAUAAUAGAUGGGGGAAAUAUGAAUUCUCUAUAUGGAAUUUCUAAGACCUAUUGUUGACAAAGCCAUGAGAUUUUCUUAAGAAAAACUCAAACAUUUGAUAGAAAUGGCAUAAAAAUUAGGGAAUGGAAAAGGUUCUAUGUUAGAUAUAUAGAAAAUUUUGUACAAAUUACUAAAAAUUUUCCCUGAGCAUCUGAUAAAGUGAUUUUUUAAAAAUGUGUUUACUAGGGAGAUUUGACACUUUAUUUUUGGUAAUUUUAUAAAUAGAUCCAUUAUAUCCUUAUUCCAGAAGUAAAAUAUGAUGGACUUUAUAUUUUAAAUCUGCCAGAGUCUCAAAAAUAAAAAGAAAAUACUUCUUGACUAUUGCCCCCUCUUUUAUUGUUUAUAACUUUAAACUUUUAUUCAAACUCCUGUUUUCUCUGAUUGAUUACUAAGCCAAAUUUAUUUAAAUUCAACUAAUAUUUAUUUUGUGUCUAAUUUUGUGUCAGAAUUUUUGGUGAACACAGUUAACACAUAUUGUCUUUGAGCUGUGUCUCCUGGAGCAGAAAAAAAGAAAUGAUUUUGACAUAGUGCCAGUAUGAUAUUAUAUUUUAUGAUGCAAAUAACAGUUCACUUAUUGGUAUUUGAUAUUUCAUUAAUAAAUAAAAUCACACUGUUGUUAUAAACUAGUAAUAAUACAUGUACUUAAAUAUACAGUAGUGCCCACUUGCAUGUGUAAUUUAAAUUUCUCAAUUUGUUACAGUAGAAAUGAACAUUCAUGAACAAAUGCUGCUCUGAAAGCUUGUUAUAACUCCAAAAACAAUGUGAAACAAUUUUUCAAAAAUAUUUUAUAAACAAACUUAAGUAAAGCCUGUUUUAGAAAAAUGAAAUCAACCUGAGGGUCCUCCUCAUAUCAUUAUUAUGUUGUAUCAUGAUCCAGCUCAAAUCUGUUUAGAUUAAGUUGAUUUUAUUAUAGCUGAGUUAAAUGCAUGCACAGGGAAAGUCCUUACCUGAUACAGGCCUCUCAGACUGUUGCUCCAACUAUUAGACCAGUGAUUUCAUUAAACAUUGGCCAUUUAGUAUGGGUAGUGCCUUUUAAAAGUCUGAAUUUGGGGACAUUGUUAACAGGGAGUUAUUUAUAGACCCUGGCUGCCACCCACUGAAUGAUUUGAAUGCACUCAAGUGUGAAAUUGAAGAUCUCUUGCUCAAUUUAAAGCUGCCAAGGGAAAUGGUAUAGGUGCUACACAGGACCUAGCAUGUUGCCUUCCUUCUAGAGGGUCAAGUCUUCCGAACUCUAGGUUGGUAAACCGCACCUGCUAGGGUCAACCAGAUGGGCAGGCUCCCUGAGAAUGAAGGCUUGACCACACAGAUAGCCACAGCAGAAAAUAAGCUAUAUGCUAAAAUUACCUAUUGCUAUAACCAAUGAUUGUGAAUUUUAAAUUCAUAAUUUUUUAUAAGAGAAUGGUCUUAAUCAACAAUUUACUGCAUAAACGUUCAAAAAUUAUGUACAAAAAAUAGAGAACUGAUUUCUGAGAAAAACAGUUGGAUUCUUAGACUAGAAAAAAAUCAAAUCAUGAAAAGAAAUGUUAAAUCACAGGUGGACAAGAACUGUAAA